ACUAACAUAUUGCAGUUUGUACCAAUCAAAAGAAGGCGUAGGUGACAUAGGGCUCACCAAAACACAAAAACCUACUAACAUCCUGAAGUUUGGAAAUGACAGUGACAGUAAUUUUAGAGAAAAAACUGAGGUGUUUUCAAUUAAAAUGUUAAUAAUAUCAAAUAAUUAGAUGUGUAUGUGUUUUGUUUGUAUAAAUUAUGUCUACCAGGUCACAGCUUACUAAAGAUUUAAAUGAAAGUAUUAAAUCUUCAGUUGGAAAUAAGGUGAAAAUUCUUUUCAAAAAUGUGGUUAGAUUGGAAACCAAAGGUGAUAAGACUGAAAACAGAGUUUUGGUAUUUUCACCAUGCCGAAUACUAUUACUUACAGCGAAAGUGCCAACCAAGAUCGACAGUCAUUUUCAUUACUUGGAGAUUCAAGCCUUGGAAAGCAAAAGAGGUAAUCAAUUAAGUCUAACAAUUAACGAUAAAGUUUACUCGUUUCUUGUUGGAGAAGAUUCGAAAUGCAGUACAGAAGUAGACAAUAUGAUAGGAGCACUUAACAAUGCUAUUAGAAAUAUUUUUCCCACUGUACCAUUACAACAUAUUAUUAGGAAGAUUGAAGUGAUACCAAAUACGAGGCUACAACAAUUACGUGAUUUGGAGGCUAUAGCCAGUAGUAGAAGAGAAGUCGGUCCGUGCGGGGGUUUCUCGAACCAAUAUGCUUGUAUGUGUGAUUACCAUGGUCUCACUUAUAGAGAAGAAGUAGCAUGGGACAUAGAUAAUAUUUACGUUUCUUUAAAUACCCGUGAACUUAGCCUUAAGGAUUUUGAAUACCUAGAUCAAAAAGAUUUAAUCCCAAUAAUCAGUGCACUGGAAUAUAAUACUUGGUUUACAAAAUUAAGAGCGAAUCAAGUGAAGUUAUCACACGAUAAUAUCGAUAGAAUUCUUCACGUACUACGCAAAUCUCUAAAUUUAGAAGAGAUAUAUCUUGAUAAUUUAGGUUUAAAGUCUGAUUUUCUAAACAAAUUAUCCAGUGUCCUAAAAUUAAAUCUUGGUUCAGCUUUACAUACGUUAGAUGUAUCUUAUAACCCAAUAGAAGAUAAAGGUGCUACUUAUUUGGGAAGUUGUAUUCCCAAGCUCAAUAAAGGUCUAGUCCAUAUAAAUUUGUCUCAUUGCGGUUUGAGCUCAAAAGGAGUCAAUAAUCUUUUCGCUGCUCUCUGUAACAAUACGAGUAGUUUUACCACUUUGACCUACCUCAAUUUGAGUGGUAACAAUUUAAAAGAUGAUAUCAGUAAUUUUCAUAACUUUCUUUCUCAACUGAAUGCUCUUCAGUACAUUGAUAUUUCUUCCACUGAUAUAAUUCUAGAAAACCUUUUUGGUGCUUUAGUAAAAGGCUGUACAACAAAUCUAGUUCAUUUGAAUAUUUCCAAAAAUCCUUUCAGUAGUAAAAAGAAUAAAGAAGCUCCAAUUUCUUUCAAGCAAUUUUUUAGCACUACGCUUAAUCUGAAAUAUCUCAACAUGUCACACUGUAAAUUACCACAAGAGGCACUUAAAAAUUUAUUGUUGGGACUGGCAUGUAAUGAAUUUACCAAAGAAAUGACAUUAGAUAUUAGUAAUUGUGGACUCGGUAGUCAAGGUGCUCACGUUUUGGAAUCAUGUGUGCACGGUGUUAGGUGUAUCUCUAGUCUUGAUAUUUCUGAAAACAAUAUGGAUUCAGAUUUGUGUAACGUUGUGAUAGCAAUAAGUAAAAAUAAGUCACUAAAACACUUGAACAUGGCACGUAGUAUGAAAAAACACAUGUCUCUUAUUAUGGACUCGGUAGUUCAAAUAAUACAGGACGACGAAUGUCUUUUACAAUCUUUAAUUAUUCCAGAUUGUAGAUUACGCUCGGAUCUUUAUAAUCUUUUGAACGCACUCGGCGAUAAUAAAUCUUUAGAAGUUCUAGAUAUAAGCGGAAAUUUGAUAGGCGAUUCUGGAGCUAGGUUGUUAGCGAAAGCGUUACAAAUUAAUAACAAGUUGAAAAGUAUUAUCUUUGAUAGAAACAAUAUAACUUUGCAGGGAUAUCACGAUAUAGCCUACGCCUUAGAAAGCAAUUCAACUGUUCAGUAUAUGCCAUUUCCAAUUUAUGAUAUCACACCUUGUAUGAAAGCUAAUGCGGAACGAACGGAAUUGAUAAUGAGAAAAAUCCAAGAUUUACUGAAUCGAAAUGUUUCUCAAAAACAGCAUUCUCUCAAAAGUUUUCCCAUGCAACCAGGUUUCCUACUCACUUCUAAGCAACAGGCAUUAGAAAGAUUAGUUCAACAGACCCACGAGGCCAUUAAAAAUGUCACAACAGAAUCAAUUGCUUCUACCAAUGACAUUAACCAUGCCACUGGAGUUAUACAGGAUGCUGAAAAUGCUAGACAAUUAUUGGUGCGACUACAAGAAGUAGCCCAACAUCGAGAUGAUAAACGUCCAAAUCCAGUGGAAGAGAAACUCCAUCAAGCGGCUUCUGACAUUCAUGCCAGUAUUUGUGAUUACAUUCAAGCUACAACUGAAAAAAUGUUAAAAUGUUGUAAAGAACAAUGUCCAUAUGUAUUGCAUGAUGAAGAAACAAUUCAAGAAAUAAAAAAGGAAUGUAAAAGGAAGAAACAGAUUCCAUUUGAUUUUGUUACUACAUGUAUAAAGCAGCAGGCAGGAAUAGAUAUUAUGAAUCGAACAAGAGAGUUGAAUAUAAUGGUUGCUAAUCAAUUGAGUGAACAAGUUACUGACGAAGUAUAUGAAGUUUUAAUGAGAAGCUACAAAAUAUUAGUAGGUGAUGCAAGUGCAAUAAGAAUCGACUCGCCACCGAGGAGAUCUAGGUUAAGUAGUUCGGAUAGUUCUCGACACGGUGCCAGUGAUAUUUCUAUAACGGACAGCAGUCAUCAGUCAGACUUAUCGCCAUUAAAACUGGAGUAUUUGAAUUUAGCGACACCACAUUUAUCAAUCAAACGAAAAAGUCUACACGGACGUAAAUUAAGGCCUAAAUCAGUAGUCGACAGCGUCGAAGGUAUAUCCGCAGAUGAUAUUCCCAGUUUGUUACCGUCUCUUCCGUGUAACUCCGAAGAAGAAGAUUCCGUUACAGAGUUACCAAAUACAAGUCAUCAGCUUCAACACUUAGUCAAAGGAAUUUUCCUCAACAAAGGUCGACCUAGAAGGGCGAAAACUCGAGCACCAACAAGACCGGUGGUCAAUCCUCCCGAUACUACAGACUCAGUUUCACAAGAUUUAGUCGAAGGUUUGGAUUCUUUCUUCCGUCCCGGUUCAGUAACGCCAACUUCGGACGAUUGUCAUUCUUUUCACACUGCCGGAAGUCCGAAUCACGAUUUUUCUUCACCAACGCUUAGCGAGGAUCGUAAAACUCCCAAAUUGAGUAGAAAUUCACCGUUAUUACGUGGAUUAAUGACGCCUACACCUCGGUCACGUUCUAUAGACAAUCUAGAAAAAUGUUCACCAUCAUCGUUAAGAAGAAAUAACGAUAUUACUUCUUCGCCGCUUACAAGAAGAUUGACGGGAGAUAGUAUAGUGUCCAGAGAUAGUAGUGAUGGUAGUAUCGCAGCGGAAUCUAGUUUCGAUCACUCACCGGGUAGUACUUUAUCGAAAGGAAUGUCAUCAGAUGGAUCCAAAGACGAAUCCGAAAACAUUAGACAAUCAUUGAAACAUCUUAAGAGCUGUUCAUCUAUAGUUUCUAAACCUCGACCUUGGUCGAUGGUAAAUUCAGAAGGAAAAUCUAGUGAUCUUGGUUUAUUAAGCGAUGGUUCGUCGCCGAAUAAUUCUACUGGGAAUACACCGGAUUCCGCGGAAGCUUUGGAUAGUUCGGAAUCGUCGUCAAUCGAUAGGCGGCUCGCUAAAGAAAUGAAAUUGAAAAGGACGAGUGGUUUGCAGACAUAUUUUCCAGAUCGUGGAGAUUUAUCCUUUUUCUCCCGCUAUAAGGCGAUAACGUCUAAAAAAGAGCAAUCGGCAAAUAAUAGUGUAGGAACAAGAAGAGAUAGUAAUUACAAUUGUAGAGAAACGGAAGAUGCACACAUAGGUAGAUAGUUUCCAGAAUUUUUAGGAUUAACCUCGAAAAUAAAAUUAGGGAUCGGAAUACUUCCUUGUUGUAUUUUUGUUACCUUGGCUUUUAUAGUAGGCAUCUAUUUUCGAAACGAAAAACAUAAUUACGAAUAUUUCUUAUUAAUGAUUGUGAAUUGGAGACUUGUUAGAUUUUUGUAUUUUAAUUACCUUAAAUAAUAUUUUUUGCGAAUAAAAAAAUCUAACCGAUUGUAAAAAUGAAAAAUCAAAUGCUCCGUUGAAAUAAAAAAAAUGUGAUAUUUUGUAAAUUGCAUAAACUAAGAAAAUUUAUGGUCUAGAAAGAUAUUGUAUAGAAAAUAUGUUACAUAAUUUAUUAUAAACCGUAAUUAAAAAUUGCAGCAUUUCGUCGAUGUAUAAAAUUGGUAGUUACAAGAAAAGUUAUUUGCAAUCUCUUUUGUUUUUCCUCAUUAUCCAGAUAUUUAAACAAUCAUGUUUUGCCAUCAGUUGUUUAUUUAUAAUGCUAUGAAGGAGUGAGUCUAUUUAAUUUGAGCAAAACAACAGAUACACACACUUUUUUAUCCAUAUCCAAAUAAUAUCCGUAUAGUUUCUAGUGUAAUAUAAAUUUGAAUUUUCCAAUAAUUUUCUCAGAGAAAUUGUUUCCUUUAACUGUCAGUUUAAAAAAAUUACCCCUUGUUAUUCUACUGCCUGCUCAUUGCGGGCGUUUCUUCCCCAAAAUACAAAGCCCAGCAUCUUUCAUUCUUUUUAUAUGUUUUUUCCAGAAUUUUUGGCCCUCUAUCAUCCACCUUCCUAUUUCCUGUGUUCCACUUUGAUUAUCAAUAUCUUCAUUCUGUAUUAAGUCGUGUAGAGUUUGGUCUUGUAUUCAUCUUGUAGACAUCCCAAAAUUCCAUCCACUCUUAUUGUUUGUUCUCUUCUUCAUUAAAAAGUUUUUCAUGACUCGUUCCCUAUCUCCUUCCUACUGCUUCCAAGCGGCGUCUAAUAUGUUUUUUUUAUUGUCUUCCAUUGUUGGUAUAUACUAUAUUGAGUAUUAAUUGAUUUUUGCAAUAUUUUCUAGUUAAAUCGGCUCUUUUUUCAAUUACAUCAGUUAUAUUCAAGAAUUAAAAGUUAUUUUAUAACCAUUUCUUACUAUUAUACUAUAUCAGACAUCGGGGUAGUGUCUUCUUUCUGUUAUGUUUCCACUCCUUUGCAUCCCUUCCUUUAUUUCAUCCUAUUUCUUCUAUACGGUUGAUCGAUUGUGUCCUUGAUAUUUCUCUUUGCUUUUUUUUGAAUUCACCUACUUCCUUUAUUUUCCUAGAAAUUUUUUGUUGUUUUAAUUCCAUUAAAUGUCUACAAUAGUUGAACGUUUCAGAGUUUUUUUUAAAUUAAACACACCAAGUGAUAAAUUCUCACAAAAUCAAGAUAAUUUAUCAACAAAAUCAUACAAAAGAGGUCUGAGAAGUAAAUAUUUUUAUAUAAUUUUGUACAUGUAUCAAAUUUUGAUCUUAUAUAAAUUUGGAUUUGGACAAAUUGAUUUCUACUCUCCCUAAGUUAUUGACAAUGACAAUAAAUUAAACCCAUAUGCUUCUUACGUCUUUUUUGACAAAAAAAAACAACAAAAAUCUAACAUUGUCCCAAGAUAUUGGAUUAGUAUUUAAUGUUCUUGACUGCCAUGUUUUUAUAAUAGUAACAAAAUUAUUUUUUAGACUCUCUUGUAUUUUACUAUAUAACAAUUCGAAGAUUACCAUUUAAUAUUAAGAGUGUUCAAAAAAAAUAGAGAUUUGCAAUUUUAGAGUAUUGUAUAUUGGCUUCAAUAAUUUAUUGUUUUAAAUUUAUUUUUUUGGAUCUAAAAUUUCAUUAACAUUCAUAAUUUUUAUGAAUAUGUGUCGAAAAUAUUAAUAUGGAUAUUUUUUCUUACAAUUAGAUGUCAAAUUUUUUAGUACCAACCUUACACCAUUUGUAGUUCUGCUCUCUCUGUUUUCGAACUUCCUUUGUACUGAUAUCAGGGAGCAUAUAAGCUGCAGAGCUCAAAAUAUUAAGAACUAAACACGUUAUAAUUUUAAUAACUAUAAUCUAAAUUAUACAUUUCCUAUUUCUUGAUAAAAAACUGGAUGGAAAAUUCCAGAGUUCAGUAAAGUAGACCAAUUGAAUAAUCCACCUAUAGAUUGUUUUCUUCUGGUAUACACAAACGUGGUCGGCGCGCUCUUUCUUUAUAACCCCAGUGUUGAGUGACUUAAAUGGAGAAUUUCGCUGCAUUCAGUCCAGCGCAACGCUUAAUACAAAGGAGGAUUAUGUCUCAAGUAUUUUUCCAUUCUUAAGUUUUUUCUCUACUUCCUGACUGAUUCUUUAGGACUAAACUGAAUUACAAUAUACUAUAAUAGAGUGUGUGUAAUGUUGUGUAGCACGUUGUUUUCAACUUGAAUACUAAAAUAUUUUGUAAAGAUUCAUACGUAGAAAAGACGAAGUUGAAAACGUGGUAGGCCUUUACCAAAUACUAUAAAAAACGGGUAUAAGUAGGAGAAAAGCGGCAUAAGAAAAUUGUUGUCAAAAAUAGAAAGUCAUAGCUCUAAAGCACUUUUGAAAAUAAAAUGACACGAAAACUCCAAAAGUCAUUUUCAGAAUGGCAUGGAAUAUGUGUUAUUAGGAUCAACCAAUAUUGUAACCAAAUUAAAUUUUGCUUAUUGAUAGAAUAUACAGAGGUAUCUUGAAAAUGUGCCGACGAAUAAGUCAAGAAUUAUUAAUUGUCUCAAAUUUUGUGGAUCGUUCGAAUUUCCUCACCGAGAACAUGAUAAAAGCAAUAAUUGUGUUCUUUUCUUGGACCUAUAAAUGUUUCGACUAAAUUAGAUUGUACUCUAAAUGAGUCCUGAAGUAUACCUUGGUUUAGUCAACAAUACCUACAUAUAGUUAAAUUAUUAGAAGUUCUAAACUGUUCAAGUUCUUCGGGUCAUUUUUGAAAAUGGAAACAUGAAUUCAAUAAAAGUAAAGUAUAGAAAAUACGUAAAAUAAUGCUUGGUUGUAUAUAUUUUCUUUACGUGGUAGCCCUUUCAACUACCCCUAAAUAAAAUUAAUGGAAAUUUGACAAAGACGACAAAUAUUUUUGGGGACGUGCAAAACCCUAAAAAUGCUUCACCACGACCAACAAAUGAUUAAUACCUGAUAUCGUUUUCUUAAGGUAGAAGGCUGUAGCAUUCUGAUUGAUUAGCAAGAUUCGCACGUCCUUCAUAGCUUGAAGGAACUAGUUCUUCAUUCUUAUUUUGAACAUUGCUCAUAAGGGAAUGGCAAAUGUAAAAUAUUUCGAAAAAGCUAACUAUAUUUGUUUGAAAACAGCAACUAUUAACAUCGUAAAGGCUAGAACUAAACAGAGAAGCAAUAAAUAUUGGCUAGGAGAAUAUGGAGUUUGUUGUAAUAGUUUCUUCAAGUACUGGCAUUGGUUAUGAUCGUUCAUCGGAUGUACCUCAUAUCGUUGUUCAUUGUUCUUUCAUUUAGACACUGUUCAUUUUUCCAAAAA